UCCCUGUACUGUGCCUGGAGCAGUAUCUCCCUUUCACCUGUACUGUUGAAAGAAGAAAAAAAAAUGUCAGUGCUAUCUUCUGAAAUAAAAUUUGAGACUCCCAAAGUCACCAGAAAGUCUCUGGAAAAUUGUUUUCUUUUUGAGAAUAAUUGGAAGAAAGCAGUUUUAGAAACACAAAAGAUGAGGAAAGAAUAUAUUGGUUUAGAAGCGCCCAAAGAAUGUGUCAAAAUGCCACAUUUACCAGGAUUGCCAAGUUGUCAAAAGAGUGUAAGUUCGACUCCACUAGAGGUUCAUAAACGCCUGCUGCGUGCCGACAUGGAAAUGCCCACAAUCAGCCAUUCCAGUGAGAACAUAUCCGGUUGCCUACAAGUCUCUUAUCCUCCCCUGCGUAUCACCCAGCAUUCUGUGAAAGAACAACAUUGGCAAAGCAGGGAAGUACUCUUUUCUCUUCUGGGUACAAUCCCUUACCUUCUUUUUUCCUCUGUAUGUAAGUAUUUGAUAUAAAAACGCUGAGAAAAGUCUGAUCUGUCAAAUUUUUUAAUGGUGAUCAGAAAUGUUAUUGAUUCUCACAGCAUACCCUGCGGAUAUAAUAGAUAACAGUAAUCCUACAGGUGAAGAAUAUUUAAAAGUUACGCCUGAAUAUCCCAUCUAAUGUAGAAAUUUGGAAUUCUUAGGAUACAGCCUCUUAUGGGCAGCACAUUCAAUCUUGACAUUUUUUUUCAGUAGGAAUUUAAGUUAAUUGUAACAAAAUCCAGUUUGCAGCUACUGAUGAAAAAGUGAGGAUUGCAAUUUGAAGCCAGCCCAGUUAGGAAAGCCCAUAAGACUUGUAUCUAGAACUAACCACCAUAAAGUCAGAAGUGCAGCUGUGACUCAAGUGGGAGAGUGGCAGCCGGACCGAUAAAGCUCAGGGACAGCAAAUAGGCCUUGAGGUUCAGCCCCACCACUGGCACACACAGAAAAGCAAAGGACAAGUAAGGGGUAGUUGGCAAAUGACACAUCCAGAUACCCGGAUUUCUCUUCU